AUGCCUAGCACCCUACCCCAAGCCGAAGACCAUGUGGACGUCCUCAUUGUCGGGGCCGGCCCUGCGGGUCUGAUGCUGGCGAAUUGGCUCAGCCGAUGCGAUGUCAAGACUCGCAUUGUGGACAAGCGAGGAACCAAGAUUUUCGGCGGCCAGGCAGACGGUCUUCAAUGUCGGACUCUCGAAAUCUUCGAUUCAUUCGAUUUUGCAGACCGUGCAUGGCGCGAAUCAAACCAUAUGAUAGAGAUUUGUCUCUGGAAUCCUGAUGACCAGGGCCGGAUUCGAAGAUCCAACCGAAUCCCUGACACCAUUCCCGGCAUCAGUCGGUUCCAGCAAGUUGUGCUGCACCAGGGCCGCAUUGAACGCUUUUUCCUAGACGCCAUCAAGGAGCACAGUGACAUCCUUGUAGAACGCGGAGUGCUGCCAACUGCGUUUGAAUUCGAUGCCACCAAGGCAGACGACUUUAACGACUAUCCGAUCAACGUCACCGUGCGCAGCCUCUCGGACGAGGAGUCCACACCGCAGCAGCAGCAACAACAUCACAAGUCCGGUGAUGGAAAGGAGACCACCGCCAGUGACGGACUCUUUCGGAGUAAUCUGGCUGCUGACGACACGGAUGACCUCAUUCGGGCCGCAGAGAGCGAUCCCCGAGUCGACCGAGUCGAGUCAAUCAAAGCCAAGUUCCUCGUCGGCUGCGACGGAGCACACUCCUGGGUCCGUCGCCAGCUGGGCUACCAGCUGGAGGGUGACUCAACGGACUAUAUUUGGGGAGUCCUCGAUAUUGUCCCCAUCACCGAUUUCCCAGACAUCCGACAGCGCUGCGCGAUCCAUUCUGCAAAUGCAGGCAGCGUCAUGGUCAUUCCACGUGAGAAUAAGCUGGUUAGACUUUACAUCCAGUUGCAAACAACGGAACAUGCACAGGCAGGAGGCAAAGCAGAUCGGUCCUGGAUCACGCCGGGAAUCAUCCUCCAAUCAGCCCAGCAAAUUCUGCAUCCUUACAAGCUCGACUACUCCUAUUGCGACUGGUGGACGGCUUACCAGAUUGGCCAGCGCGUGGGUGACCAGUUCUCGCUGAAGGAGAGAGUCUUUUUGGCGGGCGAUGCAGUCCACACUCACUCGCCCAAGGCCGGGCAGGGCAUGAACGUGAGUAUGCAAGACACAUACAACCUGGGAUGGAAGCUCGCGCAUGUCGUGAAAGGCUACAGCGACCCAGCCAUUCUCAAGACAUACCAGUCUGAGAGAAGAAAGAUUGCCCAGGAUUUGAUUGCUUUCGACCACCGUUUUUCCAGGCUCUUCUCGGGUCGUCCUGCGAAAGAUAUCAUGGAUGAGGAAGGUGUAAGCAUGGAAGAGUUUAAAGCGGCCUUUGAGAAGGGAAAUGAAUUUGCCAGUGGCAUUGCGGUCAACUACGGCAGCAGUAUCAUCGUUGCGAAAAAAGGCGACUCGGUGAAACAAGGGGACGGUACAGAUGUUUCAAGCCUGGACAAUACCACCUGCGUGAUCAGCAAGCCCCAAGUGGCAACUAAGAUCGACGUCGGCAAGCGUAUGCCAAGUUUCAGGGUCCUGAAUCAAUCGGACGCCCGCCCGUACCACUUCCAAGAAUUGUUGAAAAGCAAUGGGAGAUGGCGAAUCGUGGUAUUCCCGGGACAAUUGGGCCUCGCCCCGAACAUGCAACGAAUGCAAAAGCUAGGCGCAAGACUUGGGUCGCCGGACUCAUUUAUCCAUCGUUAUACUCCUGCCCACCAACAGAUUGAUAGCGUGAUUGAAGUGUUGACCGUUCACGCCGGCCCGAGAGAGACUCUCGAGCUCUUGGAUCUCCCAGAGGCCUUCCAUCCGUACAGCGAGACUACGGGCUGGGAUUAUUGGAAGGUCUUUGUGGAUGAUCAGUCUUAUCACGAAGGUCAUGGCCAGGCUUAUGCUAAUUAUGGAAUUGAUCCCAUCCAGGGAGCGAGCGUUAUCUUGCGUCCUGAUCAGUAUGUGAGCUGGGUUGGUAAGGUUGAUGACUAUGAAGAUAUGGAGAGGUUCUUCUCGGCUUUCAUGAGACCGCAAGAAUUGGAGAAGGAGUGA